UUGAUCAAGUCCACUUAGCGUGCACAUCUCAGUGAAUUACACUGAGCGAUCAAAACUACUUCCAGCGGCUUUCAACCUUGAACUUGCAAGUAGAGUAGAACGAAUUUUCACUUCUUUCGAAGCACAAUGGCUGAUUGCGAUAUGACUACAAAGACAGAGGGAAUCACCGUCACUCCACCCACCACUAAGACUGACAAGAGGUUCAUCGGCGAUUAUCAAUUUGCUCACCAUCUCUACCAGACAUCUCAGGCCGAGAACAUGGAACUUAAGAAAAACGCAGCGGCAAUGAGUCUUCGCCUGGCCGAGCUCCAGGCUGAAAUAGAAAAACUCAGACAGCAGCGGCCGACCCAAAGCAGAGCCGGCGAGGGAAACAAGUAUCUGCGUAAGUAUGAGGAAUGUAUGAGAAAAAGAGUUACAGAGAUCGUGUUAGAGAGGCGCAGUCUCAAGGAAAAGGCCAAACGUAUGGGGCAAACCAGUUCCGAAGCCACACAACUGGAGCAGGAGAAGAAUUAUGCAGAGAAGAAAUCCCUGGAGGAGAUAAAAAGUAACAUGGGAAAAGACGCCUGGAAGUUGAAACAAGAAAAGGCAAAUCUGCGAAUGGAGGAAGCAGCCUUUUCGGAAAAGAAAGGGACAGAGGCAGGUGAAAUCACACUGAUGGAUAAGAAAGAGUUUCAGGAGGAAAAGAAAGCACUACUUGAGGGUUUUCUUUUUAAAGCACUGAAGGAGGAGAGGCAGACCUUGGAAGCUCGGACAGAGGAGAUUGAGAAGCAGAAAAAGGAGAUUGAUCAGGCAAAAGAGAAACUAGAGGCAGAGAAACAGCAACUGGAGGCUGCAAGGCAACUUUUUGGACAGCAGACUAGGGACCUGUACGAGGAAAAGAUCAAACUGCUGCAAGAAAAAGACGAGAUGGAAGAAACUAAAAAUGAAGUCAAACGAGCCAUCGAAAAACUGAGAGAAGAGAAGAAGAAACUUGAGGAGGACCGUAAAGAAAUGGGGAUCAAUGAGCAGGAAAUGAAGCGACUGGAAGUAAAGCUGAAAGACGUGGAGAAUGAGAAAAGAAUGGUAGAAUACGCCAAGAAAAAUGCAGAGCAGGAGGUGAUGGACAUCAAAAAGGUUCUGGAUGAGGAGAGGAACACCUUAGAGGCAGAAAAGAAACAGCUAGAGCAAAACAAGGUAAAAGUUGACGAGGAGAGUAAAAAACUCGAGGUGGAAAGGAGAACCCUGGAAGCUCGGGUUGGGCGAUUGGAGAAAGAACAGAAAGACUUGGAGGAAGAUAAGAAAAUGCUCCAGACGGAGAAAACUGGUCUUGAAAAAGAAAAGGAGGAGUUUACUAAAGAGCGCCUGAAGAUGGACAGCGAGAAGAGAAAGAUUAUGGAAGAACAAUGCAGCGAGAGCAAGAGGUUGGAUGAAAUAAAACGGCAAAUUCAAGAAGACAGUGAAAAACUUGACAUGGAGAGGAAAAAUCAAGCGGUUCAGGAGGCAAGUGGUAAAAAAAACAAAAUAUGGAAAAAACUAAAGAAACCUGCAGAUAAACAGACGGCUGUUAAAGAAGAACUUAAAGAAAAGGUGAAGAAAAGUACAGAGAAAAAAAGGAAAGGCUUUUGGAGCUGGUUUUGAAUUUAGUUAAAAAAAACAGCCUUCUGCUUCCUGCACCUCAUUGUUCCUUCACCGCUCCGUCACCUUCUUCCCCCCUUUUCUGUUGUUCCUAUAAACAGAAAAAAAGGACUUUUAAUUUUUAAAUCUACAUUAUUGACCAUAUUGUGGAACAAAGGUUCACCCUAUCUGUAUAAUCUGUAUAAUUUGAAUGUCCUUAUAUCAAAACACACAAAAAUCCUUUUAUGUUGAUUUGUGGAACAAAAGUCGUAGGGCAGCACAGUUGGUAGCCAUAUUGCCUUUCAGCAAGAAGCUCCUAGGUUCUAAUCCUGGCCUGGGGUCUUUUUGCAUGUUCUCCCUUUGCAUGCGUGGGUUCUCUCCAGGUACUCCGGCUUCCCCCCACAGUCCACAAAAACAUGACUGUUAGGUUAAUUGGCCUCUCUAAAUUGUCCUUUGGUGCAUAUGUGUAAAUAUGUAUAAUUGGCUAUAGAAAAUGAAUGGAUGGGUGAACUGUUCCAUUAAAUAAGUAGUAAAAACCAAGAGAGACUUAAAAUUUUAAACAUUCUUUUACUAAUUCUCAAAAAAAAAAAUCAUGAAAGGGGCGGAGCUCUCCAUCGACCACUACCUGGUGGUGAG